AAUGGAGAAGAAGGAUAACAGGUCUGAGCAUAAUUCGAGCAGUAAAGAGUCUCACAAGAAGAACUCUAAGACCCGCUCCCGAGAACAUAGAGAAAGGAAAUAAGGCUUAUAUCUCCAAACUGGAGCAAAGGAUAGAAAACCUAGAGCAGGAGAAUGGGGAUUUGAAAGAACAAAUCAAGGUUUUGAAGUCUCUACCUCUACCACCAGCAAGUGUUUCAAGUGUAUCUUAUAUAACAAAAGGCAUUAAAAAGUUUGAAAAUCCUUUGUUCGAGCAUGAAGAUUUUAUGUAUAAUAAAAUGAGUCAUAUUCUGAUAAAGAACCCGGAACAAGCAAGAUAUUCACAACUUGAACAAGGCUGGGAUCAUAUUACAGAUUAUAGCGAUGAAAGAAUCAAUUACAUAAAGGAUCUCUUCAAGAAAAUCCUGGACAAUAUGGUUAACCUAGAGUCUAAAUGAACAAUUGCCUGUCUGAAAAAUAACAAGCCGUCAGAAAUUUUGAGAAAAGCGCGAACUCCAAAUAAAAGAGACAAGUAUAGUGCCAAAAGUACCCAAGGAGACUUGAAAUCCAUAGAUAUUGGAGACAUCUUUUACAAAGGUCCGUUCAGUCAAGGCUUCAUUAACUUCCUCACUAAAGAUGGCAAGUAAACUUCUUCCUAUAUACAAGACUAUUUCCAAACUUGCUAAAAAACUGACUUGUCUUCGUAACGAGUUGCUGAAUGCAUACUGAGACUUCAAGACCAUCUAUGAGGAAUCUAAAGACCACUUGAACUAUAACAAGCAAGACAUAGCUAAUCUAUAUAAAGCAUUACAAAAGAUACAGGAGAUGAAGCUGCUGACUAAUGAGAGAGUGUAUGGCAUCCCUGUUAAGAAGCAUAAGAGAAAGAAAUAUAGUGAAGGAGAAAUGACUGAGUAGUUUAAGGGAUGAGUGGAAGGAUUAUUUGAGUAUGUUUAGAUUUUG